GUGCAUUGCCUUGGAUCAGUGUGGAAUGGUCUAUUGUCAAAUACACAUGGAGCAUUUCUGGUGUGAAUGAAAAAUGAGUCUGUGACUGGAUUAAAUGUUUAAAAAAACGUCUUAAAACUAAUUCGUAUAUAAGGAUUUUUAUAGUAGAGUUUAGACGUGAGUUUAUAUGAAGCAUUAGAGGUAUUGGAUUUUUAGCUGAGUUUAAUUUGCAUAGAAUAAAGUGUAUAUCAAACACUGUUAUAGUUGAAAAUUAUAAUGAAAGAAGUCAUUGUGACAGGGUUUUAAUUAAUGCUUAUCCUUUUAACAAGAGUGAAAUAGGAUAAUAUACAGGAUAAGUACUGAAAGUGUGAAGAUUAACACUCCUUGGAAUUUUAAUAUAGAAUCAUUUGAAAAUAUGAUUAAAGGUUUACCUGCACAUUUUCAUGGAAUAAUAUUAUAAACAACUUUUUUGUCCAGAAAUGGAUUUAUUCUUCAGGAUGAUUGAGUGUUGGGUUCCUUGUGCCACUUUGGCGCUAUUUAUGCUGAUUGGAUUAAUUUCACCAGUGUUUUCCUUAGAUCUGGCCUCCGGAGAUGAGCGUUCCGAAAUGAUGACCAAACGAACACAAUGUCGUGAUUCCCUGGGAAUGCAGUCGAGUGAGAUUCCUGACAAAGCCAUCACCGCCAGUUCGUCCUUCGACGAUGACACUGUUGGUCCAAAAUUUGCAAGAAUACGGACAGAGACAAUGGGAGGUGCAUGGUGUCCUAAACCAAUGAUUGACCAGUACUCAUACGAAUAUCUCCAGAUAGACCUCGGCAAGCUUUGUGUUGUCACCAUGGUGGAAAUGCAGGGACGGUUUGGAAACGGGCAGGGCCAGGAAUACACAGAACAGUUCUUGUUGGAGUAUCAGAGAGAAGAUGGUGGGGAGUGGAUGAGGUUCCGUAACAAGCUUGGAGAGGAGUUGUUUAAUGGGAAUGAAAACACGUAUCUGACGGAGUUGCGUGAAGUCUCACCGCCUAUCAUCGGACGUAGAAUAAGGUUUAUACCAUAUAGCAAGACAAUGCGGACAGUGUGUAUGCGGGUUGAGAUAUACGGCUGCCUAUGGAAAGAUGGAGUUGUCCAGUACAAUGUGCGGCAGGGAGACAGACGUGGGACUGAACUUGACUUUGUGGAUUUUACGUAUGAUGGCAUGCGUCAGGAGAGCUUCUUGCUGGAUGGUCUCGGACAGUUGACAGAUGGGGAAAUCGGAGAUUAUAACUUUAGACUGGACACACAAGAAAUAGGGAUUAAAGGCUAUGAGUGGGUGGGAUGGAGAAAUGAUUCACAAGAGUUUCAGGGACCACUUAUCAUCACAUUCAAGUUCGACCAAGUUCGUAAUUUCUCCAAAGUUCUCAUAAACUGUAACAAUUUGUACUCCAAAGAUGUCCGUGUCUUCAGGAUGGCCCUUAUUUACUUCUCAGUGGGUGGAAACCUAUACCAGAACCAGCCAAUCAAGUUCGAUUUUAUUCGAGACAAUAUCGUUGAAUAUUCAAGACCGGUUAUGAUCCGGUUGAACCACAAUAUUGGAAAGUAUGUCCGGUUACAACUGUAUUUUGAUGCCAAGUGGAUGAUGAUUAGCGAGAUCCAGUUUGUGUCAGAACCUGCUACAGGUAAUUAUACAGAAGAAGUUCCCCCACCAACGCUCAGACCACCUCAUAUGUUCCCGAAACCUGACAAGGGCGGUCAUGACCAUGAGGUUGAUGUUACCGGGUAUCAUAACAAACCAGGAAAAGAUUAUGUUGAUGGUGAUUCAGAUUCUGAGCCGGAAAAGACUCCGGAUCAGAAGAGUCCCGGUACCGAUAUAUUUGGAAUUAUCAUUGGCUCGUCAGCGGCACUCAUUACAAUUCUCAUCGCCAUAGUGAUCUUCAUUAUCUUUCGACAUCGCAUCAAGAAGAAAAAUAACAAUCGUCGCAUGAAGGCAGCGAUGUCAGAUAAUCAUAACACCAUAUCAAUAAAUUUGUCAGACCUACGUAAUUCUGCGAAUGGAAAAAUGCUGAAUGGGAACCUGUAUAAUGGGGUACCAGCCACAGACAUGGAUUCUGAUAGAGAAUGUUGCAGCGAUGGUCAAGAUUACGCAGUUCCUGAUGUCACAAAGUCAGCGCUGAUGGUAACGUUCCCUCAUUCACGUCCAAACAACACACAGACGAACAAUCUUGACAAGCCGCCACCGCAGUAUGAUGCCCUAUAUGCAGCGUCAGACAUCAUUAAUUCACAAGUGCCAAAUAUUCCGUCAUUGCAGGGUGUAAGUGGGAACAAUGUUUAUGCUGUACCAAAUGCCGAGUUGUUACUCAGUAUAGAUGUUACUGUGAACGAAUUUCCUCGUGAAAAUCUACGAUUUAUUGAAGUGCUUGGCGAGGGACAGUUCGGAGAGGUACAUCUGUGUGAGGCUAUAAACAUAACUAACAUUAUAGAAGAUGAAAUAUUCCUGAACAGAACUAUGACUAGGCCAUGUCUUGUGGCUGUUAAAAUAUUAAGGAAGAAUGCUGAAGACAGAGCUAGGAAAGACUUCUUGAAGGAGAUUAAGAUAAUGUCUCAGCUGAAAGAUCCAAACAUUGUACGGGUAUUGGGCGUGUGUACGGGAGAAGAACCACUGUGUAUGAUCGUAGAGUACAUGAAAUACGGCGACCUUAACCAGUUCCUUCUUGAUCACGUUUUGGAGACUCCUUCAGCGCAGGCAGUUAAUGCUAGAAUACUCAGUUACGGUUGUUUGAUCUACAUGGCAUCGCAAAUAGCAACUGGAAUGAAAUAUCUGGAAUCUUUGAACAUGGUGCAUCGUGAUCUGGCCACACGAAACUGUCUAGUCGGUACCAAUUUCACGAUCAAGAUUUCUGACUUUGGUAUGAGUCGGAGCUUGUACAGUGCAGACUAUUACAGAAUAGAGGGACGGGCUGUGUUACCCAUACGAUGGAUGGCCUGGGAAUCUAUUCUACUGGGAAAAUUUACAACAAAGUCGGACGUGUGGUCAUUCGGAGUUACGCUUUGGGAGAUACUAACUUUUGCUCGCGAUCAGCCAUAUGAUAACCUAAACGAUGAUCAAGUUAUUGCUAACGCAGGACAUUUUUAUAGAAAUGAUGGACAACAAUUAUUACUUCCUCAACCGAUCGUGUGUCCACGUGAAAUUUACGAUAUGAUUGUAGAAUGUUGGAAUAGAUCUGACUGCGAGCGACCCACUUUCAAAGAUAUUCACAUGUUUUUGUUACGAAAAAACAUGGGUUACAAUCCAAAAGAUGAAAAGAUGAACCAGAUAAAGGUUCCGGUGUGUUAACAGAACUAUUGUGAUUUUGGAUGUUAAAAGUUCAAACGUACCCAAGGGCUACAAAAUGUGUGCUAUAUUUAUGAUUCAUAUCGGAAUCGUUAAAUAAACUGGAGCGCUCAAAACUUCAGAAAUAUGUGCAAUGUUGUUUUAUCACCAUGUGAUCCAAAUUUCACAGUAUUUUAUUUGAAGUGACAUGAAACCUCCACUAGUAUGAAACCCCUGUUGAAGAAGAGACAGCUUGGAGGUUUUUUUUGGCUUGGGCCAGCUUUGUAUAUGGCCUAGAUUGAACAACUUCAAACCCCAAAUGAUUUGGGGUCACCAAAAGCAUUAUUUUAUUUUAGACACAAGAUUUUAUUUAGCACCAGUUGUGAUUGGAGUAUCAACAAAUAUACCUUGGAAUGGUUGCUGCUCUGACCUAGAUUCACUUUUGGUAGGGAGCCAUGCAGUUUCAGGGUCGGUGCUGGAAUUAAAAAUCUUUCACAAGGCCUUGCCCUUUUUCAUGAUAGAACAAAUCUUCAUUUAGUCACUUAUUCACAUAAUUCUCUUUUUUUUUCUGUUUCAUUGACCAUGAAAUGGUUGUGAAACAAACCUUGGAAAAAAGGGAGUUAACUCUUGUGCAAAAAUCUGAAGGAAUUUAUAUGUGCUUAUGUACAUCAGCCUGUGUUUUGUGUGCAAAAAUAUGAAUUUUAUUGAUAUUCUGGUUGCAGAUGAUGGAUAUAAAAUUUGCAUAUAUUGGAAUAUAUUCUGUGUUAAUAAUUUAAAGUACCGGUAUACUACAAAGUUUAUAUGAUCAAAGGAAAUCCAAAAAAAUCUUUCUUAUCAAUGGAUUAUGCUUAUUCCAGACUGGAUUAUAUUUCAUGUGAAAGGAGACUGGUACUCAUUCUGCAGAUGUGCUGGACAUAUUUUUAGUUUUGUACUGAAGUACAUAUUUAUAGCUACCAAUUUUAUAUACACCUGCAAGAGUUGAUGCCUGUCACAAUAGAUUUUAAUUAAGGUUUUAACUUUUUUAAGUGUUGCUUUCAUUUUGAAAUAGCUGUACAUAUGGCUAGUUCUUAUACAAGACUGGUUCUAAGGCUUGUGAUUAAAAUGUAACAUGCAGGAUCCAGUUAUCUAACCUGGACUGGUUAACAGUAAAAUUAUUUCAGAUCUGACUUACUAAAAAUACCGUAUAAAGUUAAAAAAUUUGACUGGUUGCAUUUUUUUUAAUGAGACUGGUUCUGAAGCAACAUUUUCUCAUCUGACUGAUUCAAAACCAAACAGGAUUGGUUCUAUGUCACAUCUAUUUUUAUUUCACAUGUCAUUUGUUGUGUGACUGGUUCUGUUUUUAAUCAUGUGAAUCGUUUCGUGUUAAUUGUCACAAAAUGUGAUAGGUUCUUUGCUGCCAUAUUUAAGAAUAGUUAUUUGACCGGUAUUGUACAUAGUGUUGUUCAAAAAUGGAUGUAGUAAUAUGUGCCGUUUUUAUUUGGCUUAAAUUACAGAUUUUUUUUAAUGUUGACCUUUUAUGUCAAUCCUCAUUUGAUCCAGUAAUUGAACUGGAAAGUGCACAACACUCACUUCAACCAGAUUUUAUUUCUGCACUAUUUACAAGGUCAAGGUCAUUACAAUAGCUUAAGUAUUUUUUGCCAAGUUCAGUGCCCUUUCAAUGUUCAAGUGUAUAACUGUAUAACAGUAUUACUGUAUAAUUCCUUUAUUUCGACUGUGUCUGCUGAGAAAAUUACAGAACUCGGUUUUCUUAGGAAACAAGUGCAAAACUGAUUUAAUAUGCUUUAAGCAUAUAGUUUUCAAUGGAGUUUUAAUAUAUUUGGUUAAAAAAAAAGUAAAAAAUUAAAGUCAAAAUCUCAAAAGACACUGUUUUUCUGGAUCAUCAUUGUCAAUUUCUAUAGUAGGAGUAUUGCCUUGCUAUAUAUAUUGAUGAGUCAUUGUAAAACAUUUUCCGUCUGCUGCAUCAUUAAAUACUGCCGUCUGCAACAAAAACAUGCAAAUGAGCAUCUUAAAAACAAUUAUGUGUAAUGCUCCGAGGCAUCGCCGAGAUGUAAAAAAGGGCUUUUUGUGUUGAUAUAAUUGACAUUUAUGCAGAUUUGAUAAACAGAAUCUCUUAAUAGUUUAUACAUCUAUCAUUCUACUUCAUAUCUUGAAAAUAUUGUUCACAAUAAAGGAAGAGAGAAGGGGAGGUAACUGAACAGAGUUUUGGCACUCAUUCAUCUCAGCAAAAUCAUUGCAAGCAGAUAAGUUUACAUAGGGAAAAUUACAAUUUUAAAAAAGUCAAAUUUCCUGAGAAAAAAAAUGUAAUUUUAGAGUAAGAACAGUUAAUGCGUUUUAAAGACAAAAAAUUUCAGUAGGAAACAAAUCUGAUAAAUAAAAUAUGUCAUGUCUUUCUUCAACAUACUAAAUCAUUGGUGUCAUUGCAAUUUUGUAUGUGUCAAAAGUACAAGUCUGUAGACUGGUUUCAGUUUUCUCAACUAUUCUGCUCAAUACACAAGUACAGGUUCCAGGGUUAUAAGACCAGUCUCUUAACACAGUCCUGUGAUUGGUCAGUUUCAAAAUUGUGUUCAAAAUCAACCAGUCAGAUGCUGGAGUUGUGAGACUGGUUUUCAAACUAAGUUUUAUCAUUUCUUUAUAUCAUAUUUCUGAAGUCAAAUAAUGUUAGUUAAUGUGAAUUUCAUAUGGUUAUGCUGCAAAUAAUCGAAUGAAAUUGAACUUUAUUUCAUGUGCAUCUUUGUAAUUUUAAAACACCUCACAGCGGGAAGCAUAGAUUUAUGGUAUAGUUUUUUCUGUUGGGGAUCAUUUGCAUGCCAUGUUCAGCAAACCUUUUCACUGCUCAACACCUGACUUCUAAAAAAGUUGUUUUCCAUUUGUGUACAAAGUGUAUUACGACACCAGUAGCGGCAAAAAAAAAACACACACGGUUAUUUAUGGAUAAUGACAUCUAGAAACAAGGUGUUGAUGUGCUGUCAACAGCCGGUUAUAAAAAAUUGAUGCACUGUCGACAGCCGUUUGCAGUCUGAUCUUCAAUUGCGUUAAGCGAUGUUGUGUUAACAAUGAUUUAUUAUACAACACUAGGAAAAUAACUGCAACAUAUGUAGUGUUAAAAAAAAUAACAAAAAUAUGGCAGAAACUGCUGCAACUUGAAAAUGUAAAGAUAAAAAGCAAAGGAACAUCUGUGCCGAUUUGUUACAAAGCUUGGAAAUUCUCAAAGGUAUACUUUAUGAAGUGUUGGGUCUAUUACUUCUGCUUAAAUUAUUUUCUCACUUCUUGAAUGGGAUAAUUUUUUAUAAAGAAGGUAGUUCAUAUGCUGAAACCGUCAUACAUACAAAGCAGGGUUUGCCAAAUUAUUUUACUAUGCGUGGGGCACCUGGGAUGUCAAAAUUCAGAAUAUAUCGGGGGGGGGGGUUAAAAACAAGAUUUAGUUGUACAUUUUUAUAUAACGAACGUAACAUUUAUAAGAUGAAACUGAUAGUCUUUAAUAGUUAGCCAUACAGACAAGGAUGAAUCUAUAUACACGUAAGAGUAUUGAAAUCUUAAUUUCUAGUGUAGCGUGAGUUGCUUCCCUUUGGUCUUAUGGCUAUUCUUUUGGUAAAAAGAGCGUAAUCCAGUUUCUGUUAA